CCCCGAGCCCGCAGCCACUCGUCGUGGCGAGAGGGGCGGGGUGGCCGGGCCGGCGCUCCCCUCGGCCCCAGCUCCCGGCCCGCCCCGCCGCUCCGGCCCCCUGGAUGAGGGUAUAUAUUCCGAGCGGGCGUGGGACGCUGAUGAGUGGCCGCGCCGAAGGACCCGGAGCCGGGCGGAGCUGCGGUCGCGCCGAGGGAGGUUUACAGGUGCAGAAAUUACACCCUUAUCUUCACAAAGCUUGGCUACCAGAGCAUUAUGAAUGUCAAUGACCUCAAACUCAGGUUGUCCAAAGCUGGGCAAGAACACCUGAUACAGUUCUGGAAUGAGCUGGAAGAAGCCCAACAGGUAGAACUUUAUGCAGAACUUCAGGCUAUGAACUUUGAGGAGCUGAACUUCUUUUUCCAAAAGGCCAUGGAAGGAUUUAACCAGUCCUCUCACCAAGAGAAAGUGGAUGCACGAAUGGAGCCUGUCCCUAGAGAGGUGUUGGGCAGUGCUACCAGGGAUCAAGAUCAGCUCCAGACCUGGGAAAGUGAAGGACUUUUCCAGAUUUCUCAGAACAAAGUUGCAGUUCUUCUUUUAGCUGGUGGGCAGGGCACAAGACUCGGUGUUGCAUAUCCAAAGGGGAUGUAUGAUGUUGGUUUGCCAUCCCAUAAGACACUUUUUCAGAUUCAAGCAGAGCGUAUUCUGAAGCUACAACAGUUAGCUGAAAAAUAUUAUGGCAACAAAUGCAUCAUUCCAUGGUAUAUAAUGACCAGUGGCAGAACAAUGGAAUCUACAAAAGAGUUCUUCACAAAGCACAAGUACUUUGGUUUAAAAAAAGAGAACGUAAUCUUUUUUCAGCAGGGAAUGCUGCCUGCUAUGAGUUUUGAUGGGAAAAUUAUUUUGGAAGAGAAGAACAAAGUUUCUAUGGCUCCAGAUGGGAAUGGUGGUCUUUAUCGGGCUCUUGCAGCCCAGAAUAUUGUGGAGGAUAUGGAGCAAAGAGGCAUUUGGAGCAUUCAUGUCUAUUGUGUUGACAAUAUAUUAGUAAAAGUGGCAGACCCACGGUUCAUUGGAUUUUGCAUUCAGAAAGGAGCAGACUGUGGAGCAAAGGUGGUAGAGAAAACAAACCCUACAGAACCAGUUGGAGUGGUUUGCCGAGUGGAUGGAGUAUACCAGGUGGUAGAAUACAGUGAGAUUUCCCUGGCAACAGCUCAAAAACGAAGUUCAGAUGGACGACUGCUGUUCAAUGCAGGGAACAUCGCCAACCAUUUCUUCACCGUACCGUUUCUGAGAGAUGUUGUCAAUGUUUAUGAACCUCAGUUGCAGCACCAUGUGGCUCAAAAGAAGAUUCCAUAUGUGGAUUCCCAGGGGCAGUUAAUUAAACCAGAUAAACCAAAUGGAAUAAAGAUGGAAAAAUUUGUCUUUGACAUCUUCCAGUUUGCAAAGAAGUUUGUAGUAUAUGAAGUAUUACGGGAAGAUGAGUUUUCUCCACUAAAGAAUGCAGACAGUCAGAAUGGGAAGGACAACCCUACUACUGCAAGGCAUGCUUUGAUGUCCCUUCAUCACUGCUGGGUCCUCAAUGCUGGGGGCCACUUCAUAGAUGAAAAUGGCUCUCGCCUUCCAGCAAUUCCCCGCAGUGCUACAAAUGGAAAGCCAGAGACCAUCACAGCUGAUGUCCAUCACAACUUGAAGGAUGCCAAUGAUGUACCAAUCCAGUGUGAAAUCUCUCCUCUUAUCUCCUAUGCUGGAGAAGGAAUAGAAAGUUAUGUGGCAGAUAAAGAAUUCCAUGCACCUUUAAUCAUUGAUGAGAAUGGUGUCCAUGAGCUGGUGAAAAAUGGUGUAUGAAGCAGAUACCAAGUCCUGCCACACUAGUAACAGCUUUUAUUUUUGAUAGACCAACUGUGAACCUCUCCUGGAAGACUGAAGUUUGAAUAUCCAGAGUUCGUUUGCUUGUUGAACUCUUAUAACUAUUACAAACUUCCGAAGAUCCAGAUGAUUGAACUUCAGAUAGCAUUUUUAUGAUUCUCAACUCAUUGAAGGUCUUAUUUAUAUUUUUCAAUUGUAUAAUAUUUUCCCCAAGCCAAGGAAUACAUUGGCCAUUCAGGAAAUUUCCUACAUCAUAACCAUAGUUAGGAUGUUCAACAUCACUUUACUUGGAGCUGGAAGCAUUUGUUUUUGAAGUUGUACAUAGUGAUAAUAUAUCAUUGUACAUGUCAAAGGGUUUCUAUGGUACUAAAAGUUUGUUUUAUUUUAUCAAACAUUAAACUUUUUUAAGAAAAUAAUUGGACAGUAAAAUAAACUUAUCCUCUUGUUUCUGGAUUGUCAUUUGUAUCUUAAAAAAAUUAUUUCAUUGGGAAAAUAUGAAACUUGGGAGAAACUUCGAGGUAAUGCAUAGAAAUAAAUCGACUCUUCUGUGAGGUUGCAGAGUCAUAGAGCUUUCUUCAAUGAAUAUUUAACUUUGGGCUUUAUCUUCCUAUCACUUUAUAAUAGUGGCCCUCAACCAGAGUUGAUUUCACCCUCAAAGGAGCAUUUGGCAAUAUCUGGAGACAUUUUUGGUUGUCACAACUAAUAGGGUGAAAUGGUACAACUGGCAUCUAAUGGAUAGAGAUCAGGCAUGUUGGUAAACAUCCAUAAUGCACAAGAUAGCCUCCUAUAAGAAAGAAUUAUCUAGCUCAGAAUGUCAAUAGCAUCAAGGUUGAGAAACCUUGUUUAAAUUGUUCAUUUACUCUCUUUUGUUUAAAUAUUUGGCAGCACUUAGGAAUUCAAAAGAAUAUAGUUCCUGGAUUUCUUUAGACAAGUUAAUCACUACCACUCCUGUUUUUUCCAGCUAGAGGAUUAAAAAGAAGAAACAAAGGUGGUUUUUAAAAUAUGGUUCAUAGAUAAUUGGUUGUUAUUAAGGGUUCUUUGUGUUUACAAUGAGUUUGCAUGAAAAUACUGAGCUUUAUAAAUGCACUUUAUAUAGAACUUAUGUACUGACCAAAAGCAUAAAAAGUAAUGUCUGGACAAAUGAAAGAUUCUAAAAAUUAUACCCAGAGAAGUGAUUAAUAAAAUUUUAUUUUCCUUUAACAGAUCAUCUCAAGAUGGGAUGUCAUGGGUGGGUCUUUUGUUUAAGGAUCAGAAUAUUUUUUUAAAGAUCAUCUGAUAUUUAUAUCUAUCUAUAUCUAAAUUUAUAUAUAUUUUUGUACUAAGACCUUAAUAAUGCAUCUAGCACAUUUCUGGUUUUAUCUUAUUUCAGUAACAGCCCAAUUUUGCUAUUGUUAUCUGUUCAGUUUUUCAAAAUGAUUUGUAAUGUUUGAGUUCUCAUUGUAAGGGGCUCCCAAUGGAAUAAGGACUGAUGGAGUUUGGAUGCAUUGUCCUUCCAGAACUCAUGGAAAUCUGAUCUCCAUUGUGGCAGUUUGAGUCACGGGGGUGGAUCCCUCAUGAAUGAAUUAGUGCUUUCCCUAUGUGGGGGGAGUAAUGAGUGAGUUCUUGCUCUAUCAGUUCUCGCAAGAGCUGGUUGUUUAAAGAACCCUGGCAGGGCCGAGCCCGUGGCGCACUCGGUAGAGUGCUGCACUGGGAGCACGGUGACGCUCCCGCCGCGGGUUCGGAUCCUAUAUAAGAAUGACUGGUGCACUCACUGGCUGAAUGCCGGUCACGAAAAAGACAAAAAAAUAAAUAAGUAAAAAAAAUAAAGAACCCUGGCACCUUCUCUCUUUCUCUUGCUUCCUCUCGCCAUGUGAUCUGCUUGUACCCACUGGCUGCCUGCCCCUUUCCGCCAUGAGUAAGAAGCAACCUGAGGCCCGUGCCAGAUUCAGCUGUCCCAGAAUCGUAAGCCAAAUAAACCUCUGUUCUUUAUAAAUUA